AUGGGCGUCCUACUCGGAGCUCUCGUGCUUCACCCUGCAACGUUUGUCCAUGCCCCCCCGACAUCGACGAGCGAGAUGACGUCUAUCUGGCAGGACACGCCAGCCAUGGAAGUUUCGGAUCUCGAGCUGCGCCAAGACGCGCAGGUUCAAGACAUCCCCGAUAUCUUGGCCAAGCUCCCGUCGGGAGCCUUGAACGCCGCGGGCAAGCUGUUGACCCCCAUCAAGGAGGAAUUGGUCCAGUCGGUCGGAAUCGACACGACCAGAGACAACCUCGCGCGAAACGUCGCGUGCGCCGACAUCACUGUGGUGUUUGCACGCGGAACAACCAAGUCCGGCAACAUCGGCCUUGUCACGGGACCGCCGUUCUUCGAUGCGCUCAAGGAACAACCUGGAGGCAGGUCGGUCGCCAUUCAGGGCAUAGAGUAUCCCGUCACUUUAACCGGGUUCAACAGGAACGGCACGGAGACCCGAUUCAUCAACCAAGCUGUCGCCCAGUGCCCCGACACAAAGAUUGCCAUGUCUGGCGACUCGCAGGUUGCCCUUGUGGUCCGCAGCGCCGCCGAGAGUCUUCCUGCCGGAACGAUGGCCAAGAUCAACUCGGUCUUGACCUUUGGAGAUCCCGCAAACCUAGCGGCCAUCCCCGGAGCAGACGGAAAGACCAAAACCAUUUGCCACGAGAACGAUGCCGCGUGCAGCGGCUGCUUCAUCACCGUCGACCAUUUGACCUGUGGCGAAGAUGCGUCAGCGGCUACUCGAUUCGUAAUCCAACGGGUCUCUGGUGAGCUUGUCUCUCUUCGAAAGAUCCCGUAG